AUGUUUUUGCGAAAGGUCGCAUUCAGCGCUCAGCUUUUUGUUAAUUUUUAUAUUUUGAAACAUCUAAACAGUUUGCCUAACGAAUUAUUGAAACAAAAAUUUUGUCGCCAUCUCGUGGAAGUAUGGGUAGGGCUUAACAGUGUUGAAGGCGUCAAUUUGACAGUUGAUAAAGGCGUCUUAAAUCUUAACGGCCAAGACAUAAAAAUACCCGUAGUAAAGCAUAUAGUGUACGGACAUGUGCUCAAUGUAACGUUUUCUCCAGGACUAGGAGCCAUUAAUGCUGACAGUAUUUCCCACUUCUUUGAACACUUUGAAAAAUCAAAAAAUUUACCUCAGCGUAAAGGAAAGACUUACAUUAAUAGCCUGUACACAGACGGACGUUGCUCAGUAGAUCCCAAUAGGAAAGAUGCUUUUUUGUCAUUUCAUGGUAACACAGAUGUUAGGCGGCCAUCAUCAACCGAAUAUUACAACAUAAAUGGGAGUACCAAUCGUCUGAAGUUGGAGCAAGACAGGAAGAAAGGACAAGGUGUGCAAGCAACCGAGACAAAUAUACCUUCUGUGAAGUCAAAAGUUUCAGAUGAAUAUAUUACGCAUGUGAAAUACAUGAUGCAAAAUAUGGACACACUGUUUAAUUUUUACAAUUUUCAGACAGCAAGAAGAAAAAGAAGCAAGACAACUGCAAAGUAUCUAAGCAACGCCCCUCAAGCCAGCUCAAGACGAGGAAAGAUCGUUUCUAGAAACCACAAAAAGAAAUUUGAAGAGGGUGACAAAAAUGGAUAUAAAACAUCAAAGAUGGAACAUGUACGCGUCAAUAACAUGUACACCAUUGCCACUUCGAUUUGGAGAGGCGAUGGCCGAUCCGAUGUCUUUAAAAAACAAAGCGCCACCACCAAUGUGGUUGCCACGCCUCACUCCGGUAAGGAGCAGGCUUACAAGUAA